CACAUUAUAUUUAUUUUCUUCUGUUGCUAUGUUUUCAACAUCUAAAUCACAUCACCUACAUCAUACAUAUAUACCUUGCAACUUUCUCUCAAGGGAACUCAGACCCUUGUCAUAUUGUGUGAGGGAGACCACAGGCUGAUAUGGAAAUGGCUAAUGAAAAUGGUUUCCAGCUUAGUGUGAAGCUAGGUGAACCAACUCUUGUUCCACCAGCUGAAGAAACAAAGAAGGGUUUGUAUUUCCUAUCUAACCUUGACCAGAACAUUGCGGUGAUUGUUAGAACUGUUUAUUGCUUUAAAACUGCUGAGAGGGGGAAUGAGAAAGCUGGGGAAGUGUUAAAGAAUGCAUUGAAGAAGGUUCUUGUCCACUAUUACCCUCUUGCUGGGAGACUCACUAUAAGCUCAGAGGGUAAACUCAUAGUGGAUUGCACAGGGGAAGGUGCCUUGUUUGUGGAGGCUGAAGCAAACUGUUCAAUGGAAGAGAUUGGUGACAUCACAAAGCCUCACCCUGGAACUCUUGGUAAGCUGGUUUAUGAUAUUCCUGGAGCAAAACACAUUCUUCAGAUGCCUCCUUUGGUUGCUCAGGUGACCAAAUUCAAAUGUGGAGGCUUUGCUCUUGGGCUGUGCAUGAACCACUGCAUGUUUGAUGGGAUUGGUGCAAUGGAGUUUGUGAACUCUUGGGGACAAGUAGCCAGAGACUUGCCGCUCUUAAUCCCUCCAGUGCUGGACAGAAGCAUUCUCAAGGCAAGAAACCCACCAAAGAUAGAGCACCUGCAUCAAGAAUUUGCUGACAUAGAAGACAAAUCAAACACUUCCAGUUUAUACGAAGAUGAAAUGGUUUACAGGUCCUUCUGUUUUGACCCUGAGAAACUAAAGGAGCUGAAGAUGAUAGCAAUGCAAGAUGGGGCUCUUGAUGCAUGCACAACAUUUGAAGUCCUUUCAGCGUUUGUGUGGAUAGCAAGAACCAAGGCACUGAAAAUGUUACCUGAGCAACAAACAAAGCUUCUUUUUGCUGUUGAUGGAAGGGCCAAGUUCAACCCUCCUCUUUCAAAAGGGUACUUUGGAAAUGGAAUUGUGCUAACAAAUUCUGUGUGCCAAGCUGGGGAACUGACACAAAAGCCUUUGUCAUUUGCUGUGGGGCUCAUUCAAGAUGCUAUCAAGAUGGUAACAGACAGCUACAUGAGAUCAGCCAUUGAUUACUUUGAGGUGACAAGAACAAGGCCUUCCCUUGCUUGCACUCUUCUGAUCACAACUUGGUCUAGACUCUCCUUUCACACCACUGAUUUUGGAUGGGGAGAUCCAGUGCUGUCAGGGCCAGUGUCACUGCCAGAGAAGGAAGUGAUAUUGUUCCUCUCCCAUGGCCAGGAGCGAAGAAAUAUAAAUGUGCUUCUGGGUUUGCCUUCUACUGUCAUGAAGAUUUUCCAAGAAUUGAUGCAGAUAUAAUUAACAAAGUAUAUGUUAUUAUGUCAUGGUGUUAUUUGUCUUAUAAGCUUAUUAUUAAUUAUUCUCUUGUUUAUGGAAGAAGAAAGUAUUUGUUGCGCUUAUGAAUUUAUUGGUCCAAUCAAUAAUUGAAACUUUAUGUCUUGUACGUGAA